UAUAACGUCUUUGAAAGAUACGAAAACUGCAGGAUGUGUCUCUAAGCGUUCAUAGUAGUUGUCAAAUUUAAAAGUAUGAAGGUCAGAAACAUCGGUUAACAUCGGCGCAAAUAGUGUCAUAUAUUUCGGGAUAGUACCACAAAUUUCUCGUUUACGACACAGUCAUGGACUACUACGACUCAAGAAUGAAAGCAUCGAAAGAGGAAAUGCAUGGAGAGGAGUUCAGAAGAGCCGGGAGAGAUGUAAUUGAACACAUCAUUAAGUACACCCUGGGCGUGAAGGAUAUGAGGGUGACGCCAGACGUGAAUCCGUCCCACGUCUUUAACUCGUUACCCAAGCAGGCGCCAGAUAAUGGCGAGAAGUGGGAAGAAAUAAUGCACGAUGUGGAGACCAAAAUACUGCCGGGGAUGACUCACUGGAUUCAUCCAAACUUCUACGGUUAUUACCCAUCGGGUCGUUCAUUCCCUUCCAUCUUUGGUGAUGCACUGGCGAGCGCCCUUGGUGGACAUGGCUUCUCUUGGAGCGCAAACCCGGCACAGACGGAAUUGGAAAUGGUUGUUCUUGAUUGGUUUGCUAAGGCUUUAGGACUACCAAACGAGUUCCUUCACUCAACCAAGAAGAAGAUGGGUGGAGGCUGUUUUCAGCCGUCCGAGAGCGACGCCAUCCUUGUUGCAAUGAUGGCUGCGAGGCACGCCGCCACGCAGUUCUUGCGUGAGGACAGACUAGAUCACAGCCUAAGCAGCCUCAGGAAGAACCGGCACGGCGACGACCUGGACGUCGACUGCGCUGCACUGCAGAAGAUUAUCGCCUAUACCUCCCGAGAGGCGCACACCUGCGUCGAGAAAGCCGCCAAGAUCUGCCUCAUCCAACUGCGCGUGCUACCCACCGACAAUGAACACCGUCUGCGGGGGGACGCUCUCCGCAAGGCGAUGGAACAAGACGAGCACAACGGGCUGAUGCCGUGUUUCGUGUGCGCGACGUUGGGCACGCAGACCACGUGCGCGUUCGACAACCUGCACGAGAUCGCGAUGGAGUGCCGGCGCAAGGCCGCCGUCUGGCUGCACGUGGACGCCACGUACGCGGGCAACGCGCUCAUCUGCCCCGAGAUGCGCCACUUGGCCGACGGCCUGGACCGCGCCAACUCGAUCAACGUGAGCGCGGACAAGUGGCUGCCGGUCAACUUCGACUGCGCCUGCCUGUGGGUGCGCGACUACUUCCAGCUGGUCGAGGCGUUCUCGACGCACCCGCUGCAGACGCAGCAGGAGCGCGACAACCCGGUCCUCGACUUCCGCCACUGGGGGCUGCCUCGCGAGCGCCGCUUCCGCGCCCUCAAGCUCUGGUUCACCUUCCGCAAGUUCGGCAUAGCCGCCCUCCAGGACCGCAUACGCAACCACUGCUCACUCGCCAAACUGUUCGAGGGCUUGCUGCGUGGGGACGGGCGCUUCAGAGUCAUGGACAGUGCCAAUAUGGGCGUGGUGUGCUUCCGCCUGGAGUCGCUGAGCUUCCCUACUGAGUGCCACCAAAACCACCUCACGGAGCUGCUGCUCGCCUACCUCAACGCCUCUGGCCGGAUGUGGGUGACGCCUGUAGAGGUCGACGAUCUCCUCGCCAUCCGCCUGUGUGUGGCAUCGUCUCUCACCAAGGAGGAGGACAUAGCGGGUAUGAGCGGAGAAGACUUCCGGACAAGUGGCCAUCAGUUAGUGGAUUUAAUUUGUCAGUAUGUCCAAGACGUCAGCACUAAGGCAAUACAUCCAUUUGUUAUGCCUGGUUUCCUGAUCAAGGAACUGCCUGCCAAUGCUCCGAAGGACGGCGAAGAAUGGGCUGACAUUAUGGAGGACGUCGAGGACAAGAUAAUCCCUGGGAUUGCUCAUUGGACGCACCAACACUUCAAUGCAUACCACCCAUCAUGUCGUUCCUUCCCUUCCAUAAUGGGGGACACGCUUGGAAGUGCUAUCGGUUGCAUCGGCAUGACGUGGUACUCCUGCCCCGCGUAUACGGAGUUAGAGGUCAUCGUUCAUGAUUGGUUCGCUAAAGCGCUUGGAUUACCUCCAAAGUUCCUACAUUCUACGGCUCCAAAAAAAGGAGGGGGUGGCUUCCAGCCCUCUGAAAGCGACGCGCUGCUGAUCUCGAUGCUGGCGGCGCGUUACCAGAUGACGAAGGGCAACCCCCGUCAGCGCCCUCCCACGGUUCCGACGCGGACCAGCCAGAGGCCGUUGGACGAAAUCGACGAGGCGGUGGACCGCAUGCGCAUGCUGACCGCCUACUGCUCCACAGAGGCGCACUGCAGCGUCCAGAAAGCCGCCCGCCUUUGUAUGGUGCAGCUGCGCGUUCUGGACGCCGACCGAAGCGACUGCCUCAGCGCGGAGAGACUCAGGCGGGCAAUAGAAGCCGACGUGGAUAAAGGAUUCGUGCCGUUCUAUGUGGUGGCUACGAUUGGCACGUACGCGACGGCUGCUUCGGACAACUUGAAGGCUAUCGGCGCCGUCUGCCAAGAGUACCCAACCAUCUGGUUCCACGUGGACGGCUCGUACGGCGGCAACGCGCUGCUUUGUCCCGAGAUGCGCCACCUCAGCCUAGGGAUCGAAUACGCCAAUUCCAUCAGCGUAUGCCCCGAGAAGUGGGCGCUCGUCAACCACGACUGCACGUGCUUCUGGACGAGCGACUACCUGCGGCUGAUCGAGGGCCUCGUCGUGAACCCGACGUACCUGCAGUACGAGCAGCAGAACGAAAGCAUCGACUACCGGCACUGGGGGGUGCCACUGUCUCGCCGCUUCCGAGCCCUCAAGCUGUGGUUCACCCUGCGCAGCUACGGGCUGCACAACCUACAGAAGCACAUCCGGAACCACUGCCUGCUGGCGGAGCGCUUCAGGGCCUUCAUCAACAGCGACCGCCGCCUGCAGCUAAUGAACCUCGUCGAGCUAGGCGUGGUGUGCUUCCGUGUCCUGCGAACCGGCGAAUCGCAGCCGCUGCCUGCAGACCAACUGACGGAGCUGCUACUGGCCUUCAUCAACCAGUCUGGCCGAGCAUUCAUGUCACCUGUGCGAGUUGGCGACAACUUUUGCAUCCGUUAUUGUAUCACCGCUGAAAACUAUACGCAUGAGGACGUAGAUCGGACGGCGAGGACAGUGGAGCGGUGCCUGGAGAAGAUCGAGCACGCGCAGUAUGUGAGCAUCACGAAGGCGUCGCUGGGGUCGCUGGGCGUGGAGUCCGCUGCGGGCCGGAUGAGCCGGCGCUCCAGCACCUUCGGCCGCACCCGGCGGCGCAGUGGGGACCGCAACCUGCAGCUGCGCGCCCUGCGAUACCUCACCCACACCGUCUCCGUGCCGCCGGCCCAGCUGCAGCAGAUGCGGGACCGCCCGAUGCUGCAGGGCGGCGGCUCGCCGUACUUCGUUCCCAGCACAGACGACGACAUUGUGGAACACGUUGACCUCAGUGACCUCGUCGCGUCGCUAGAACUAUGAACGACUCGGUCGGUAUUCUCUCUGACGUCGAUGGGAACUGCGUGUAACUACGUAACUGACUGCUGUACUGUAAUUCAAUAUUACAAGUGAUUAAAAUAUUCUGUCACCAACUCGAAAAA